UCAUUUUACAUUUAUUUGAUCUGUGACCAUUCAUUAAAAACGUGCGUGCAAGCAUAAAGUGUGAAGGUGUCAAGCCGCAAGCGUAUUCGGUAUUUGUAUAUUAUCUACCUCCUGAGUCCUGACGCUAAGCGCGAGACAUCCGCGUGGCGUGUUAUUAUUAAAGUUUCUUAUCAUAAAUUAGCCUCGCAUAAAAUAAUUGACAAGUUUAUUCCCGUCGCAGUCACAGCCAGCGACGGUCAUUUGUCUCCGGCGCUGAUGAAAUCUACUAUAACGCUAGAAGAAGUAGUAAAUACAUUAGAUAAUCUUCCUUCACCAUUAGCAACCAGGAUGCCGAACAUCAAGGUUUUCAGUGGCAGCUCUCACCAAGACUUAGCCCAAAAAAUUGUGGAUCGAUUAGGAAUCGAUUUGGGCAAAGUAGUAACCAAAAAAUUCAGCAACAUGGAAACAUGUGUUGAAAUCGGCGAGUCGGUUCGUGGCGAAGAUGUGUAUAUUGUGCAAAGUGGAAGUGGUGAAAUUAAUGAUAAUCUUAUGGAGUUGUUGAUUAUGAUUAAUGCGUGUAAAAUUGCGUCUGCUUCUCGCGUUACAGCCGUUAUUCCCUGCUUUCCCUAUGCAAGGCAAGAUAAAAAGGAUAAAAGCCGAGCUCCUAUUACCGCUAAACUUGUCGCCAAUAUUUUGUCUGUGUCUGGUGCUGAUCAUAUCAUAACAAUGGAUCUCCAUGCAUCCCAAAUUCAAGGAUUCUUUGACAUACCUGUUGAUAACCUAUUUGCGGAACCUGCUGUGUUGAAGUGGAUAAAGGAGAAUAUUCCUGACUGGAAGACGAGUAUUGUAGUAUCGCCUGAUGCUGGUGGUGCUAAAAGAGUGACCUCUAUUGCUGACCGUCUGAAUGUGGAGUUUGCUCUUAUUCAUAAGGAGAGAAAAAAAGCUAAUGAGGUAGCUUCAAUGGUACUGGUAGGUGAUGUUAAAGACCGCAUUGCUAUCUUAGUGGAUGAUAUGGCUGAUACUUGUGGUACUAUUUGCCAUGCUGCUGAGAAGUUAAUUGAGGCCGGCGCUAUUAAAGUGUAUGCAAUUUUAACUCAUGGAAUAUUCUCUGGACCUGCAAUUUCAAGAAUUAAUAAUGCUUGCUUAGAAGCAGUUGUUGUCACAAACACUAUACCCCAAGAGAGGCAUAUGCAAGACUGUCCAAAAAUUCAGUGUAUUGAUGUAUCUAUGAUGCUAGCAGAGGCUGUCCGUCGCACACAUAAUGGAGAAUCUGUGUCUUAUCUCUUCUCAAAUGUUCCAUAUUAGUUAACUUUUCUAUUCCCCAUAUUAUAUUUAAGGUGAUUAACAUCAAUAACUUUGAUGUAUACUAAGUAUUUUAAAUUGUGCUUUUGUCUACAAAAAAAUUGGGAAAAUUUGGUUUUAUGUCACUUAUCAAAUUAUAGCAAUAACAAAAGUGCUGACACACUUUCAUAUCACUUUAUCUACAGUAUAUUUGUACUGACAUUUUGUAGGUAUAAAUUACUAUUCACUAUUUAAAGUAUAUUUAUUUAGAAGGUUAACAUCAAACUUGUUUAGAUACAAAACCUACUUGAAUUAAUGUAUUUCACUGGUAAAAAAUGGCAUUUAGCUAACUCAUUUACUGUUGACCCUGUUAGCAAAUAGACCAAUUAAAAAGAAUUCGUAACUAAGAUUACUAAUCCUUAAAAAAAAUAUCAGGAUAUUUGCUAUUGCUAUAACCCUAGUAAAAAUCACUACAUUAGGCUUAGACUUUAAAACUACUGUUUUAGUUGUAAUCUCAUUUAAAGUAAAGAAAGUGUAUGUGUCAUGGUAAUCUUAGCUCUGCAUACAAAAUUUAAUAUAGCAUACAUAAUUUGUAUUUUCAUAUGAAUAUUGUGAUAUUGGAUACAGCCAUUUUAUACUUUUAAUUAAAUUUUAUAUUCAUUUCAAGUGAAAGAUUUUUGGACAAAUUUCUGGCUGUUAAUUUUACGAAAUAUUAUAAAAUAUCUAAAAAAAACAUGUAUUGUUAUUAAAACUAUUUCAUAGUUCAAAUGAUAUUGUAAACAUUUUAUAUUUUUUUAGUUUAAUAAGUUUCAUGUUGAUUCUGCCAAACUUAAUUAUAACUUUGGUUUGUAAUUUAGUGAUAAUUUAAUUGUGUUAACAUAGGUGUAGAAUUCCACGGUUAUUGUUGUAAAAUUGAUUUAAUUUUGACUAUUUCCACAACUUUAUAGUAAAGCUUUCGAUAAAAAUGAACUAGUAAAUAUGAAUUUUAAUAAAGGGCUUGUUGCCUAAAACUUUGUGAGCAAUGACUACACCUAUGGAUGUUUAGUUAUAACAAUUAUUUUUAAGCAAAUAAAUCUUCCAAAAGAAAAUUCUUUAA